AUGAGUUCAUUUUCCUUGCCUUCAACAUUCUCUGCCCAAGAUUUGGGAACAACAGCCUUGCGAUACAAUCGCUCCGAUGACGAAGAUAAUUUUCGAUCAAAUAAUAAUGAAAUUAACAGACAAAAGUAUGAAGAUGAUGAUGAAUCAAGAAGUGAAAGUGGAGGAAGUGAAAUUAGCGAAGAUGAAUACGGAGGUGAUAUGAUGAGAAGAAAUGACAUGUAUCUUGGUCCUGAAGAUGAUGACGAAGAAAUUGCAAAUUUGGGGGUGUCAGCUUCAAUGGCAUCAUCAAUCAAAAAAAGAAAGCGAAGACUACGAAAAUUAAAGGAAAAACGGGAGAGUGAAAAGAAAGAAGACUAA